GAACUACAUGGGUCUCCUACAUACUUGAUCUCCUGUAUUUUUCCCAGUCACAGCCAGAUCGUCAGACAUCCACCCCUAUUAAUGAGAGAGUACCUUUCCUGGAGUCGAAGUACCCAAACCAUCCUUCUGUAACGGAUCUGGCAGACAGUCUCGAUUCUUCUCCUCGUCUCAUCAAAACUCACCUGCCGGUCCAGAUGAUUCCCAAGUCGUUUUGGGAACAGAAAUGCAGGGUAGUGUAUGUGGCCCGUAAUGCUAAAGACAAUGCAGUGUCUUUUUCCACUUUGACCGCAUGGACUUAUGCCAACCAGAGCCAGGAGAGUGGAACAGCUACCUACAGAGAUUCAUGGACGGAAAGAGUCUUGUUAUUUGGAUCCUGGUAUGAUCAUGUGACUGACUGGUGGGAGAGGAAACAGUCCCAUCCUGAAAUCCACUACAUGUUCUUUGAAGAUAUGGUUGAGGACACUGGACGAGAGAUAGACAAGUUGAGUUCCUUUCUUGGUUCAAAUUCGACAGCCGCAGAGAAGGAACAGAUCAGACAUCUCGUGCAGUUUGAUAACAUGAAGAAGAACGACAUGACCAACUACUCAUCAUGUGACGAAAUGGAUUUUAAUAUCUCUCGCUUCAUGAGAAAAGGGAAGGUUGGUGACUGGAAAAACCACUUCACCCUAGCCCAGAAUGAACAGUUCGAUGAAGACUAUAUGAAGAAGAUGAAGAAGAAUGCAUCACUGCAGUUCCGCACUAUAGUCUGAAGUCUGGCCAGGCUACUCUCAUAUCAUGAUUAAACCUGAGCGACAGGAGGAUAUGUAUGAUCUUUCUACAAGGACAUAGUUUACAAUGUCUUGUUGGGCUUUAUAUUAGUCCUAGCCAUAAUCGUCAAUCGAAAGUGUGUUUGUCAAUAAUGAAAACAUCCGCACUCAACAAUAAAAAUGUGUCUCAUUGUUUUUAAUUAUAUACUAUGUACAAAAAAAAUAUAUAUAAAUUACAUUAUGCU